AUGCCGGCCUUGUGUCGGGCCAUCACAAGGAGGCUCCCUCCUCUCCUACGAACUCGACCAGUCAUCGCGCAUGUCCGCUGGUUUUCUUCCAGCAAGCACAAGCACAACAACUACGCCCUCGUCCUCAAUGCUGGCAGCUCGAGCAUCAAGUAUGGCCUGUUCGACAUCAAGACAGACGGGAAGGAUGGCACAGAGCUUUGCUCGGGUAUCGUUGACAGCCUUGGCUCUGAGAACGCGAAGCUCAAGCACAAGGAUGUAACAGGAGGAAAGGAAGUAAUCCACGAGAUGUCCAUUCCAGAUCAUGCCACCGGACUGAAGAAAGUGGUUGAAAUCCUGACUGAACGCGAUGGGGCCAUUCAAGACCUCAACGACAUCAAAGUUGUCGGGCAUCGUGUUGCGCAUGGCGGCAAUAUGUUUUCAGGGCCCACGGUCAUAGACGACCAAGUCAUACAGGCGAUUGAAAAAUGUUCGACUCUAGCUCCACUUCACAAUCCAGCAAACCUUAUAGGGAUUCGGAUCGCAAAGGAGCUUUUCCCCGCUCCGCAUGUUGCUGUGUUUGAUACUGCAUUCCAUACCACGAUGCCCCCGGAAUCAUAUCGCUAUGCGAUUCCAAAAGAGCUCUACGAAGAACACGGAAUUCGACGAUAUGGCUUCCAUGGUACCAGCUACACCUUUGUUCUUGGAGCCACUGCAUCCGUGCUCAAGCGUCCGAUAGAGGACUUGAACGUUAUAAUGCUGCAUCUAGGGAGUGGAGCAAGCAUGUGCUGCGUGAAGAAUGGAAAAGGCAUAGAUACAACUAUGGGAAUGACGCCAUUGGAAGGAUUGGUAAUGGCCACCCGCUGUGGAGAUGUCGAUCCUGGCAUCUACACGCAUCUCUGCACUCAGCUUAACAUGUCUCCUGCAGAGGUAGACAGGAUGUUGAAUAGGAGAAGUGGUUUGCUGGGGCUGUGCGGACAGAACGACAUGCGCAGUAUCAUCUCUGCAGCCAGUAAAGGCGACCAGGACGCAAAACUGGCGAGACAGAUCUUUGUUGAAAGGAUACGAAAGUACCUCGGAGCAUACCUGGUGAAACUGAACGGAGAGCUCGAUGCUAUCGUAUUCACAGGAGGGAUCGGAGAAAAUGAUUUUGCCCUCAGAGAAUCGAUUUGUGAUGGCUUGAGGUCCUUGGGGAUUGAGCUGGAUACUACCAAAAACCUUAGCGGACUCUCUCUCUGCGAGGUUCAAGGGACGUUCUCAAGGACGAAGAUUCUGGUGAUCCCCACCAACGAAGAGCUCUCCAUCGCACUGCAAUCAGCAGACGUGGCU